UGUCCACCCGCCGCCAUGUUGUCCAGUGACGUCACCAACCAGGAAGUGAGCUCGCGGGUCUCUGUGGCAGCGGCUGAGGCUCGCGUACCAAAACAGCUCUUCUUCCUCCUCAUCAUCAUCAUCAUCCUCCGCCUCCUCCUCUCGGACCAUGGACCGGAGUCAACGCUCAGAUCACCUGUUGGUUGCUGUGAGAACAUGAGCUCCGCCCACCUGUCCACAGUGGAUGGCACUGAUAGGUUGUGUGUUUCUGAGCGCGCUCAGUGCGUCCCUUCUCCAGUGCUGCACCUGCGGCAGCUACCUGCUGACACCUCUGAACAGGAAGUGGUCGACCUGGCACUUCCCUUCGGCAGAGUCUCCAAACUGAUCACAUUGAGGACCAAAAACCAGGCGUUUCUUGAGAUGGCGUCGGAGGAAGCAGCCGUUACCAUGGUGAACUACUACGCCUCAGCCCCGCCCACCAUCAGGAACCAGCCAGUCUUCAUUCAGUACUCCACCCACAGAGAGCUGAAAACAGACAAUCUGACCAAUCAGGUGAAGAGGAGCCUCUUAGGCCCCGCCCACUGUAUUGUGAGCAACAGAGUGGGCGGAGCCUCAGCUAGUAAUCUGUCUCCAUACCAGCAGAGGGCGCUGCAGGCCAUCAGCACGGCAGCAGUGCAUUCUGGGAGCCUGGCAUCGUCAGAGGGGCGGGGCUUAAUCCCGGCGCCCAGCGCGGUUCUGAGGAUCAUCGUGGAGAACCUGUUCUACCCAGUGACCCUGGAGGUCCUGCAGCAGAUCUUCAGUAAAUUCGGCUCCGUCCUGAAGAUCAUCACCUUCACCAGGAACAACCAGUUCCAGGCUCUGCUGCAGUUCAGCGACGCCGUCCACGCUCAACACGCCAAGGCGUCUCUGGAUGGCCAGAACAUCUACAACGGCUGCUGCACGCUGCGCAUUGACUUCUCCAAACUGAGCGCGCUCAACGUCAAGUACAACAAUGACAAGAGCCGCGACUUCACCAGAGCCGACCUGCCGAGUGGAGAGCUGGACCCGGCCGGCGCCGCCGCCUUUGGUGUAGCUCUGCCACCAUACGGAGCCGCAGCGUUCCCGCCCUCCUUCCACCAGCACACGGGUCUCCCCGUGGGGGCCGUCCCCGGCUCGCUGAUGUCCCCUCCUCGCAUGGCGCUGCAGGUGGCACCCCCUGCGGGCUACUCGGUGCUGCUGGUGUCCAACCUGGACCCGGAGAGAGUUUCCCCCCACUGCCUCUUCAUCCUGUUUGGAGUUUACGGCGACGUCCAGCGAGUCAAGAUCCUGUUCAACAAGAAGGAGAACGCGCUCGUCCAGAUGAGCGACGCCACGCAGGCGCAGCUCGCGAUGAGCCACCUGAACGGCCAGCGUCUCCAUGGAAACGUGAUCCGGGUGACCCUGUCCAAGCACCCGGUGGUGCAGCUGCCGCGCGGGGGGGCGGGGUCAGAGGAGCAGACGCUGACGCAGGACUUCUCAGGCUCCGCCCUCCACCGCUUCAAGAAGCCCGGCUCCAAGAACUUCAACAACAUCUUCCCUCCGUCAGCGACGCUGCACCUGUCCAACAUCCCGUCGUCGGUGGGUGAAGACGCCCUGAAGGACCUGUUCUCCUCCAGAGGUUUCGCUGUCAAGGCCUUCAAGUUCUUCCAGAAGGACAGGAAGAUGGCGCUGCUGCAGCUGGCGUCGGUGGAGGAGGCGGUGGAGGCGCUUAUCGCCCUCCACGACCAGCAGCUGGACCACAACCAGCACCUCCGCGUCUCCUUCUCCAAGUCCACCAUCUGACCCCUCCCCCGCAGCCCAGCGGCCAAUCGGACGGCAGGGCCUCCCCGCGGCCCACGCUGAGGGGGGUGGACCGGCGGCCGGGCCGGGCCUUGUCGCCAUGGUUAAGGAUGUUCCUGAGCACAUUCCUGAGCGGCAGCAGCGGAGCAUUGUGGGUAACGGAGUCAGGACCAGGAGAGCCGGAAACUCGUGCAGAUGUUUUGGUUCCUGCUGAAACCUUUGAACUGAAACUGUUUUAUUUGAACUCUUCAUCGUCGUCCUGCUGCUGUCUGACCAUCAUCAUCAUCAUUUUGUUAUUAUUCCUGCUGUGGAUGUUCGGGCUCUCCGUCUUUUGUGCCUUAUUUUUCAGAUUUUCUUACGGCCUGUAGGGGGCGCUUUGUGUGACUGUCUGGUGUGUUUCUGCUGUUCUGGGAGGUUUUUAACGUCGGCUCUAUUUAUACUGUAUAACGUGAUGCUGUUGAAGCCCCGCCCACUUGUGUGUGUGUGUGUGUGUGAGGUCAUAUGUUGAAACCUGAGCAAUGAUCCAUCUGGCCGGCUCAGGGGUCAAAGGUCAGCACCACUUCCAUGUCUGGAGGGAUUAAACCAAGUCAACGUUUCUGUGCCUUAAUUCAGGCAACCUGUUCUGAUUAUGACAUCACUUAUCAGGUUCUGGUCAGGCCCGGUGAGACCGGAACCGGACUGAAGAACUUUCCAAUUGCUUCUUAUUAAUCUCAGAUUUAUUUCCUGCGGAGACAAAAACACUAAAAGCUGUUAAAUGUGGAGAAACAGGAAGUUCACCAAUAAUAAAUCUGCUUUAAUGAACCAGGAAAUAAAUAGAAAUAUGACGCUACAUGCAAGUAAAACAGGUUUUAUCACUUUCUUCACUGUAAUAUGACCUAAAUAAUCUGGAUUAUCAUAAUCCAUUUUACCAUCUGGUUCUGAAUCAAGUUCAGUUUUAAUACGAAUAAAAACUGAUGUUCUGUCAUGAAUAAAAAUAAUUUGUAAAAGAAAAUA